AUGGCUAUGUCCUCCGUCUGGUCUCCCUGCUUCCACCAUUGUGUCCCUACAGUCUAUUCUUACCAGCAGCCAGAGCGCCUGCGGGCCACUCCUGGAUACAGUUCAUCUUGGGCAGGAGCCCAGAGGCGGUUCCGGCCCCCUCCCUCGGGCCUGAGGAGAUGCUGGGAGAAGGCACGCACGAGAAGAGCAGGAGGAGGACGAAGAGGUCCCAACAGGACAUCCUACUGUCGAAAUCCUCUGUGUGAGCCAGGAUCCUCAGGGGGCUCUGGUGGGGGCCAUACUUCCAGCGCGUCGGUCACUAGCGUCCGUUCUCGAACCAGGAGCAGUUCCGGCACGGGCCUCUCCAGCCCACCACUGGCCACCCAGACAGUUGUGCCCCUCCAGCACUGCAGGAUCCCCGAGUUGCCGGUCCAGGCCAGCAUUCUGUUUGAGUUACAACUCUUCUUCUGCCAGCUCAUAGCCCUCUUCGUCCACUAUAUCAACAUCUACAAGACAGUGUGGUGGUAUCCACCCUCCCACCCACCCUCCCACACCUCCCUGAAUUUCCACCUGAUCGACUUCAACUUGCUGAUGGUGACCACCAUCGUUCUGGGCCGCCGCUUCAUUGGGUCCAUCGUGAAGGAGGCUUCUCAGAGGGGGAAGGUCUCCCUCUUUCGCUCCGUCCUGCUGUUCCUCACCCGCUUCACCGUUCUCACGGCAACAGGCUGGAGUCUGUGCCGCUCCCUCAUCCACCUCUUCAGGACCUACUCCUUCCUGAAUCUCCUGUUCCUCUGCUAUCCGUUUGGGAUGUACAUUCCGUUCCUGCAGCUGAACUGCGACCUCCGCAAGACAAAUCUCUUCAGCCACAUGGCCUCCAUGGGUCCCCGGGAGGCAGUGAGUGGCCUGGCACGGAGCCGGGACUACCUGCUGACACUGCGGGAGACGUGGAAGCAGCACACGCGGCAGUUGUACGGGCCGGACGCUAUGCCCACCCACGCCUGCUGCCUGUCCCCCAGUCUCAUCCGCAGCGAGGUGGAGUUCCUCAAGAUGGACUUCAACUGGCGCAUGAAGGAAGUGCUGGUCAGCUCCAUGCUGAGCGCCUAUUAUGUGGCCUUUGUGCCUGUCUGGUUCGUGAAGAACACGCAUUACUAUGACAAGCGCUGGUCCUGUGAGCUCUUCCUGCUGGUGUCCAUUAGCACCUCGGUGAUCCUCAUGCAGCACCUGCUGCCCGCCAGCUACUGCGACCUCCUGCACAAGGCUGCCGCCCACCUGGGCUGCUGGCAGAAGGUGGACCCAGCGCUGUGCUCCAACGUGCUGCAGCACCCGUGGACGGAAGAAUGCAUGUGGCCCCAGGGCGUGCUGGUGAAGCACAGCAAGAACGUCUACAAAGCCGUGGGCCACUACAACGUGGCCAUUCCCUCCGACGUCUCCCACUUCCGCUUUCACUUCUUUUUCAGCAAACCCCUGCGGAUCCUCAACAUCCUUCUGCUGCUGGAGGGUGCUGUCAUUGUCUACCAGCUGUACUCCUUAAUGUCUUCUGAAAAGUGGCACCAGACGAUCUCCCUGGCACUCAUCCUCUUCAGCAACUACUAUGCCUUCUUCAAGCUGCUGCGGGACCGCUUGGUACUGGGCAAGGCCUACUCCUACUCGGCCAGCCCCCAGAGGGACCUGGACCACCGGUUCUCCUAAGCCCCAGGGUGAUCCCAGGGACAGCAUCCAGGCUUCAGCCUGGGGCUCUCUGGGAAGGGGCUGUUGGGGAGGGUUGGGUGAGGGGCAAAAAACCCCACAAAAACAGACAAAAAAAAUUCACCAGAGCUUUGUAUUUUUGUUACAUACUAUUUGUUUCUUUGAUAAUUGAU